AUGGAGUUCUUAAACGGGUCUAUCGGAUCAAUGGUGAAGAUCUAUUGUCCUGCCUCCACUGGAACUAUCUUGCUGAUCGAUAAUCUGACAGGUCUAUUCCCAGGUCCAACGAUCGAAGCUCGCUCGGGCGAUACUCUCGUCAUAACCCUGACCAACAGACUUGAAGAUGAGUCGAUUUCCAUCCAUUGGCAUGGCUUACAUGUGCAAAGCCCAAUGGACGGUGCGGUUGGAGUCUCGCAAUGUCCAAUCGCUCCAGGGUCCAAAUUCAUCUAUAACCUCACCAUUCCUGAGAACCAGAGCGGGACAUUUUGGUACCAUGCUCAUUCCGGAGUGGCCAGAGCAGACGGGCUUUAUGGAGGCUUCGUAGUGCAUGCGCCUCCCCUUAAACUUCCUGUACGUGGCCUCAUGGCCGAAGAGGAGAAAGCAAAUCAUCGAGACAACUACAGCGAGGACAUGUUGCUUCUGAUUGGUGACUGGUAUCAUCGACCAGCUUUCCAAGUUCUAGACUGGUAUAUGCGCGCUGGAUCUUUUGGCAAUGAGCCUGUCCCAGACUCGCUAUUAAUCAAUGGCGUGGGCCAUUUCAACUGCUCCAUGGCCGUACCCGCACGACCGGUAGACUGCGUCGAGAAUUAUAUCGAUUUGUCGUCCUUUACAGGCUUUACCCUGAGUUUCGCCGAGAGCGUUUUCGAUCUCAUCCAACUCGAUAGCAACGAUGUGGAACCCCAACCACAAGCCAGUUCAGCCGGCGUGCUCUACCCCGGACAACGUAUGGAUGCAAUCCUUAUACCUUCAUCAGAAAGUACCACACAUAAACAGAAAUCCAUGACUAUCAAAAUCGAUGACGAGAACCUCAGAUACCUCAAUCCAGCUCUGAGCGCAGAACAAACCUUUCUCAUCACCACAGACAAGACCACCAGCCCCCAGGCAGACAGCUCCAACUCCAAGCCGUAUCCUAAGCUCAAUCUCGAGACUAUCCCGUCUUCACAAACCAUCCUUUCUUCACUCCCCAAGCACGCCAACCAAACUCACGUCGUGUACACCAAGAUCCAGAAACUCUCCAAAAACCACAAUGUCCCUUACGCCUACUUCAACCGCACCUCCUGGAAACCGCAAAGCAACCCUCCAUCGCCCCUCCUCUAUCUUCCCCGCGACAAAUGGGACGAAAACCAACUCUCUAUUGCUACAGGACCUGAUCCGGUGUGGGUAGACCUGGUGGUGAAUAACCUCGACGAAGGGGCUCACCCUUUCCACCUCCACGGCCACCACUUCUACGUUCUACACGUGUAUAAAGCUCCCAUAGGCUGGGGCUCCUAUAACCCCUUUACCGACGCGUAUCCGCCAGGUUUAGAGCCUGUCGAUCGUGCCAAUGCCAAUGACAACGGGGUCAGGGAUGCUUCACCAUAUGAUCUCUCCCGUGCGGUACUGCGUGACACGGUCCAGAUCCCCAGUCGUGGGUAUGCGGUUCUACGCUUCCGGGCAGAGAAUCCAGGGGUGUGGUUGUUUCAUUGUCAUAUUCUGUGGCAUUUGGCGAAUGGCAUGGCGAUGGUGGUGGAUGUCAUGAGUGAUGAGACAAUCAAUGGUGUCUUCUCUGGUGGGCAGGAGUGUACAGCUAUAUAG